AUGGAUCCUGGCAAUCUUUUGUCUGUCGGACUCAGCCGUGUUUUCCCCCCUGUGCAGAUGCUGCCGCUGUGGACCUUUGCGGUGCUGCUGGGAGCCGUAGCCGGUGAGAGCAGAUGCACGGUUAAGGUAACACCUCAACUGAAACAUUUGUGGGUGGUUUCAGGAAGGGAAGUCUGCUAUGACAGGCUUGGCUGCUUCAGCGACGACGCCCCAUGGUCAGGAACUCUAGACAGACCCCUGAAAGCGCUGCCCUGGAGCCCAUCGCAGAUCAACACCCGCUUCCUCCUGUACACCAACGAGAACCCCAGCAACUACCAGCAAAUCACUGCAGAUGCAUCAACCAUCAGAAACUCCAACUUCAGAACAAACAGGAAAACACGAUUCAUUAUCCACGGGUUCAUCGACAAGGGAGAAGAAAACUGGCUCUCCAACACAUGCAGGAACAUGUUCCAGGUGGAGAGUGUGAACUGCAUCUGUGUGGACUGGAAAGGCGGCUCCCGAGCUACGUACACCCAGGCCACACAGAAUGUCCGGGUUGUGGGGGCAGAAGUGGCAUAUCUGGCUAAUGUUCUUAAGAACGAACUCGGAUACUCACUGGACAACGUCCACAUCAUUGGCCACAGCCUGGGCUCCCACAUUGCUGGGGAGGCUGGGAAGAGGACAUUUGGAGCCAUCGGGAGAAUCACAGGGUUGGACCCAGCUGAACCUUACUUCCAGGGCACACCUGAGGAAGUCCGGCUGGACCCCACUGAUGCCAAGUUUGUGGAUGCAAUUCACACAGAUGCUGCCCCCAUUAUCCCCAACUUAGGAUUUGGAAUGAGCCAAACUGUGGGUCACCUAGAUUUCUUCCCAAAUGGAGGACAAGAAAUGCCGGGAUGCCAGAAGAAUAUUCUGUCCCAGAUUGUUGACAUUGAUGGAAUCUGGGAAGGAACUCGCGACUUUGCUGCCUGUAACCACUUAAGAAGCUACAAGUAUUACUCUGACAGCAUUCUCAACCCAACCGGCUUUGCUGGCUUCUCCUGUAGCUCCUACAGUGGAUUUUCUGCAAACAAGUGCUUCCCAUGCCCGAGUGGAGGGUGCCCACAGAUGGGCCACUACGCUGACAGAUUUCCCGGGAAAACCAAUGGACUGUACCAGAAAUUUUACCUCAACACCGGUGACAAGAGUAACUUUGCACGUUGGCGGUACCAGGUGACUGUCACCCUGUCUGGACAGAAGGUCACUGGACACAUUCUUAUUUCUUUGUUUGGAAAUGGAGGAAACUCUAAGCAGUAUGAAAUUUUCAAGGGCUCUCUGCAACCAGGCAAAACUCACGUCAAUGAAGUUGACUCUGAUAUAGAUGUUGGAGAUUUGCAGAAGGUUAAAUUUAUUUGGUACAACAAUGUGAUCAACCCAACUCUACCCAGAGUGGGAGCAUCAAGGAUCGCAGUGGAGAGAAAUGAUGGCCGAGUGUUUAACUUCUGUAGUGGAGAAACCGUGAGGGAGGACGUCCUGCUCACACUGUCUGCAUGCUAGGAGGCUUCUGGCGCGCGACCUCUGAGUGCCACUGUAAUAAAAACUAACACUAAAGCAGCAA